AUGCCGGCGGCCCCCUCCGGCACCGCGCCCCUCAGGUACCGAGGCAGCAACUGGCUGCGCCAGCGCCUCUGCCUCUCCACGGUGAGCGGCCGGCCGGUGGUCAUCACCGACAUCCGGCCUCGGGACGAGGAGCCCGGCCUCAGGGACUUCGAGGCCCAGAGCUUGCUCCGGUCGAGGACUGAGGACCGAGGUGCUCUGGGCGUCCUUGCCAUCCAGGCGGGGUCUCUGGAGGGCAGUGCAGACCUCGAGAGGCUUCUGGUGACCACCUCCGCAGACUUGCCCUUGACCUCUGGGUACGUUCUUUGA